AUGUUACAAUCAGAUAAAGCCACAACAUUACCUCCAUUAUGGUCUAUUGAUCGAAAAAUGACUCGUCAAAUAACUUCACAUGAAAAUGGUACUUCUAUUUCUUCUUCACCUUUAUUAUCUUCUCCUGUAUGGGAUUCAACACCAAUUGGUAAAUCAAUUUAUUUACGUUUAUGUCAAUGUGAACAAUUAUCACCACAAUUAAUACUUGAAGAUAAAGUAUUUCGUUCAGCAAUACGUUUACAACAUGGUUCAACAUAUCUUACACAAUUAAAAUUUGUUGGUACAUUAAUAAUUGAUGAUGAAACACAACGUUUAACAUAUGUUAUUGAUCGUUUACAAUUAUCGGAUUUAACUAAAAAUGAAAUUAAUAAUCAUCAUUCAUUAUUACCUAAUAAACAAUUAAAUGGAGAAUUUCUUAUAUCAAUUCGAUGUGAUAAUAAAAAUUCAACAACAACAAAUUCAGUUAGUAAUUUGAUACAAGAAGGAAUGAAGAUAAUCGAGACUUAUUGUCGUUCAUCUUUACCAAUUGAAUUACAUCAAUUUUCAUUUCUUCAUGGUCAAAUGUUAUCACGUUUAUCACCAUCAAUAAAUGCUGAUUUAUCAUUUGAUCUUUUAACAAUAAAAAAUAGUUUUAAAUUAACACCAAUUAAUUCUGAAUAUGUUCAAAUAUUACCAACAGCUUUAUUAAAAAAUUUAAGUUCAUCAACAGGAAAUGGUGUUUAUAUAAAUCAACCACAUUUUGGUUAUUGUGGUUUAGAUCGAAUGUCAAAAAAUAAAAUUUUAUUAAUACUUGAAAAUGAUCCACAAGCAUGUGCAUUACCAUUAGUUGGAAUUUGGAUAUCUGGUAUUGUUGAUGUACAAUGUGCAUUUGUUUGGGCAGCAUGUCUUCGUUAUUGUAUGAAUUCAUCUCUUAAACAACGUCUACGUACUGGAGUCAAUAUAAAUAAUAUAACACAACAAUCAUUUUUACUUGCAUGUUAUUUAUCUACAUCACGUGGUCAAUGUGAUUUUUAUGAAGUUAAUUCAAUGACAACAAAUUCAACAUCAUCAUCAUCAUCAUUUAUUAUUGAUUAUGAUUUAUGGACAUGUUCAAAAAAAAUUAUUAUGCCAAAUCCACCAACAUCACAUUCACAUGAUACAAAUGUUAAUACACAAUUACCAUAUGAUUUUGAAUUUAAACAUGUUUAUGAUGGACCAAAAAUGCAUGCUUUAUUAGGAGCACAUACAGGAAAUAUUAUU